UUCAAAUUUCAGUUCAAAAUUUGAAUCCGUAAAAAAUUCCAAACUGAUGCAUCGGUAACUCGUAUGUACAAAGCACGGCUGAAUAACUCCUUUCUUUAUCAUGAUAAUCCCAAUAAAUUUAAUUUGGUAGCAACUCUUGUCAUUGCACUGCGAAUCGCCAUUUUAUUUGGAGUAUUUGUUUAAAUGUUAGUUUUAUACAUUUAUUUUUAUAUUGUAUUUCCUAAUUAAAUUAGAACAAAUAUGAUUGAAAUAAAAGCCAAAUUAGUUCGUGCAGAUUCCUCGAUUUAUGCCACAGGCGAAAAUGUCGAAUGCCUAAUCGAAUUUAUACAUAAAGCUGGUAAUAAUGAUAACAAUGAGAACAAUGACCGAAUAGAAAACUUAGCUUGGGCAACAGUGCAGCUCCAUUGUUACAGAAAGACGAGUUAUAAUGUUGCCACCCAGGAUAAAGUGAGUGAGUUAACUGACCUAAUUGGCAAAACAGCACUUGACGCGGUGACCCAAACUCCAGGUGAUGUCAUCGUAGAUACGAAACCAAAAAUUCUGUUUUGCGAUCUAAGACUAAAGCCUGGAGAAACAAAAACAUAUUUUUUCAACGAGCUUAUACCACGCGAUGGUCCACCAACUUUUCGUGGUCAUGAUAUAAGGUAUUUUUAUAAAAUAACAAUAGCAACACAACGGGUUAAAUCAAAGGUACAAACUCUUACCUUACCUAUACGCGUAUUGCCUAUACCAAUUAUAGCACGACCAGACGAUUUACACUGCACAGAAGACACAAAUGAUGAACUUGCGCCUACAAAUCCAUUUUUGGAGAAACGCGAAAUAUCCGAAUUGGAAAUCUCAUGGCAUAAUUUAAAGAAUAUCACAUCACGCCGUGCACCAAAAUUUUAUCGUAUUUCAAAUAAACACGGUUUUGUAGGCCGUUUCUGCCUGUUCAAGCCUUGUUACAAACUUGGUGAAGACAUAGUUGGCAGUGUAGACUUCACAAAUUCUAAAGUACGGUGCGUGCAAUUUUCCGUAAAAUUACAAUCGCAAGAAAUCUCUCUACGAAAUAAUACUUCAACGAGUGGUGAUUGUACAGAUACAUCAUCAGUUAACUCAUUGGAUUUAGCAAGUAUUGCGAGUGGUACAGCUGUUGAUAAUUUACAUAAAUCAGCAACAUCAGCUAGUGCUAGACACAAGGAAGUGGAAGAGCCUGUGGGGAAAAUAACAACAUACUCUACUAGCCAUGAAGUUUGCUAUGCUAUGCUACAGACGCAGAUUAUUUUACCUAUUCCAUUGACAGUGACUCCAACAUUCCGUACUGAUUUAGUAGAGUUAAAAUGGCGCCUGCAUUUUCAAUUUGUAACUAGCACUAUGUUGGAUUUUGGACAACCCAAUCCUAAAUCGGGGGAACUUAAAGCACCCGCUGAGAUACCAGUCGAGACAAUGAUUUGGAAUUUACCAAUAACAUUAUAUGCUGCAAAUCCUCUGCAGAUUUACUCACCAAGCCAAACACAAUGCUUAAUAAUUAAAUAAUUUAUUAAUAACGAAAUACAA